AUUUCUCACCUAUCAAAAAAUAGAGAUAACUAACUAACUAAACCUAAACCUCUUGCGCAUCUCUCGCAGCUAGAAUUCCUAGUUACCUCACUUUCUCAAAAACCCAACCACCACACCCCCCAUACCCGCGAAAAUGCCGAAACGAAAACGAAGCCACGAGCCCAGCCUCACAGAAAAACUCACACAAUGGCACAAGGAACUGGCGCGCGGCAUGAAGGCGGCCAAAGGGUUCGAGCGCCAGCGCCUGAGCAAGCGCAUCCGCGAAGCGCAAAGCGACCCUCUCAAGGUCACGAGGCUAGAGCGGGAGAUUGCCGUGCUGAAGAGCCUCGACCUGCAACAGGCCGCGCACGCGCACCUGUGCUCGUCGCUGCUGAAAGUGAAGGGCGUGGCCGAGGCGCCCAAGCUGCCGGCCGACAUCAUACGGGCGAUCCCGAAGCCGGAGGGUUUGUCGGAGGAGGAGAAGACGGCGCUGCAUAAUGUGACGAGCGCGCUGUGCAACCGCAAGCAGAUACGGGAUGUGGUCGAGGAGGCGGUGAUGGGCACGUGCAUUGCGCUGAGGGUGCCGAUGCCGGAUAAGACGAAGAAGGGGGGGAAGAGUAAGGCGAAAGAGAUAAAAGAGACGAAAGGUACGAAAGGUGACGAGCGGAGGAAGGGUAAAGAUGAGCAAGCUGGUGGAGGAGAGGACGACGAGGUGGCUAUUCCUGAGAGAGAGGAGGCGGGUGAAGAAGGGGAGCAGUCGAAUCCUGAGGUUGAGCCGGAACCUGUGCUUUUGAAAAGGAAACGGGAUAAAGCUACGAUUGACGAAGAAGAGCUCGGCAGCGACGAGGACGAGGAUAAGGACGAGGUAGAUGACCAGCCGUUUGAAGGGUUCUCGGAUAGCGACGCGGAGGAGCGAGUGUGGUCGCGGUACGACGAUUUUGUGGCAGGCUCCAGCGAGUCAGAUGAUUCAGACGAGGAUGGUUCCGAUGCAGAAGACGACUUUGUCGAUAGUAGAGCGAGGUCGAUCCGAAAACCGACGACGACAUCCGACGACAUAUCUUUAUCGUCUGUCGACUCAGAGCCCGAGCCCGAGCCCGACUCGGAUCCAGAAGUAUCCGGAAGCGACAGCUCCACUGCCUCCGCCUCCCUCCCGAAACCAAAGAAAGCCAAAACCGGCCCCAUCUCAACCGGCGGCUCCGCGUUCCUGCCCACGCUGAUGGGGGGUUACAUAUCGGGCUCCGAGUCCGACGCCUCCGACAUCGACGUCGGGCCCUCGGCGCGCAAGAACCGGCGCGGCCAGCGCGCGCGCCAGGCCAUCUGGGAGAAGAAGUACAAGGAGAAGGCGAAGCACGUGCAGAAGCAGCAAGAGACAAAGGGGCGCGACCAGGGGUGGGACAUGCGGCGGGGCGCCGUCGGCGACGACGAGGACGGCGGCGGGAACAAGCCUUGGAAGAAGGGGAUCCGGAAUCCGUUUGAUAACAGGAAUAUCCACCCGGACCGCCAGCAGCAUGUUUCGGGAGGAGGAGAGGAUGGUGGUGGUGGUGGUGGUUUCCGAGAUAUGCCCGAGAAGCCCAAGGUUCCCCCGAGCAGAGACGACACGGGGCCCCUGCACCCGAGUUGGGCGGCCGCUAAGAAGGCUAAGGAGGAAGGGCAGAAGAUUGCCUUUCAGGGGCGCAAGGUUGUGUUUGAUUAGGUGCUUAGGUGGGAUAUAUACAUAAGUUGGUAGAUACCAUGGUUAGCAAAUCACACAGCUGGCGUUAAAAAAACAUUUGAUAAUAGUAGUUGUGGGAAAUUUCUUUGAUUGUGAAUGUACAGUACUCGGCCUAGCUUGGUAGCUAGGCUCUAUCUAGAUAGAUGCCUACGGAACUCAUCCGUUCCAUGAGGACGAUCAUGUUAAUCUCACAUUUGAAAAGCAAUAUG